AUGGCAUUAAUUAAUAGUAAAAUUGAUCCCGCUGGAUUUCUUAAUAAAGUUUUGGCGCAAGGUGUCAGACCCGAUGGUCGAGCUUUAGAUGAAUGUAGACCAAUUAGCAUAAAUGUAAAUUCAUUUCAUAAUGCCGAUGGAUCUGCUAUCGUUAAAAUAGGAAAUACUGCAGUCGUGUGCGGUGUUAAAUUAGAAUUAGCUAAACCCAAAGCCGAGACUCCAGAUCAAGGUUAUUUAAUACCCAAUGUCGAUUUACCUCCCUUAUGCUCUGGACAGUAUCAACCAGGACCUCCAUGUGAUUAUGCACAAGAAGCUACAAAAUUUGUCAAUGAAAUUUUACUCGAAUCCCAAUGCAUCGAUUUGAAAGCUCUCUGUAUUGUUCCUGAUCGUUUAGCUUGGGUUAUUUAUUUAGAUAUUAUUUGUUUAAAUCAAGAUGGAAAUUUAUUAGAUGCAGCAUUAGCUGCUGGUAUUGCUGCACUUAAAGUAACUACUUUACCAGAAGUCAUUUACAAUGUAGAAAGUGGUGAAAAAGUUGUUAAUCCAUUAAAAAGACAACAAUUAAAUGUAAAAAAAUUACCAUUAUCAACAACUAUAGCAGUUUUUAAAAGCGAUUGUUUAUUAAUCGAUCCAACAGUCGAAGAAGAAUCAUUUUCAUCGGGAACAAUAUCGAUUGUAAUAGAAGCAGAUUCCGGUGAUAUUUGUGGCAUUCAUCAACCAGGAACAGAACCGUUGAAACCUUCGGAAAUAGAUUUUUGCAUAACUCAAGCUCAAGUUAAAACCAAAGCUGUUGCAGAACUUAUAAAAACAGCAAUUAAAAACUCUAUGAAAUAA